CUUAUGAGCAGAGGAGAGCCGGUCAUUGGCACAGAUCAUCAGAGCACUGACGAUCAGUGUUCCCUGAUGAUCUGUGUAGCCCCAGCAGUGCCACCUGUCAGUGUCCAUCAGUGCCAGCUCUCAGUGCUCAUCCAUGUCACCUGCCAGUGCCCAUCAGUGCCACAUUUCAGUGCCCAUCAGUGGCACAUCAAUGCCACAUAUCAGUGCCCAUCUGAGCUGCCAUUCACUGUCACCCAUCAGUGCCAGUCAGUGCCACCUAUCAAUGCCAGGCAGUGCCACCUAUCAGUGCUGCCAAUCAGUGCCACAUAUCAGUGCCAGUCAGUGCCGCCUAUCAGU